UAUUCUCCAGCUGUAGAAGUACGACAAGAUGAACCCACAUACAUGUCAUCAUUGUCACCAUCAUCCAGUGCCAGAAGGUUACUACUGGCGAGAUUACACCGGCGAAAUACCUAACGAUGCAUUCCCGGGUGGACAUGAUUCAAACGGUCAACCCACCUAUAUUGGUCAAGCCUAUUUACCAAAUGGGGGCGUAGUACCGUCGAAUAUUUACCGUGGUCAAGCCGGUAUGCACUUACCCUCUAAUUGGAAAGCGAAUUACUCUGAUCUUGCCAUGAAAGUACUUUGUACUUCAAGCCCCAGUUCUCUUUCUUGGGUAAACGCCACUGCUUCGGAUAUACAUUUGGUUACAGCUGGAAAACAACUAGUCAUUGGGGGUUACCAUCCUGGUGCUAAGGGUACAAAAAAGCUGCUGAACGUUGGACGAGCGCUGCACCAAGGAGAAUUAAGCGUGGGAAAAUUGCUGGCAUAUGACGGAGGACCCGACAAAUUGCACUUUAUUGGUGGUGGCACAGAGAUUUCUGUGGCUUCGUAUCAAGCUUUAGUGCUGAAUUCCCCAAGUGGAUGUUGUUAGUUACUAGUACAUUAUUUUUUUCAUAUAUAUGUAACAGGUGUACAAUAAAAAUAUAUUUGGAGCAGG